AGGCAUGAAUAUUAAACACUCCCAAUAUUAAAACAUGAUCAUAUUGUCGUGUGUCCUGUAGCGACAUGAAUGACCUCAUUUGUGACCCAAAGGUCACACUUCCUCAGCUGGGUCAAGCUGUCCUGGCUGCACUUCUAUUUACAGAUUAUCCAUCACAGGAGACACAGAGUCUGCUGUAAACCAUCUUUAAUCUGACUGCCUUUUAUCUGUCUGCUGUUCUGUCCGCAAGAUGAAGGACACUUCAAGAUUUAAAAUAAUCAUUUUUAAUAAACUCUUUUCACUGCUUAUUACCAGUUUCAUAAAUAAUCAUCAUGGUUCAUUAUAAAUGUAUUUAAUUACUGAAAUGACUUAUUUUUCUUUGGUUAAUAAUAAUUAUUAUUUAUGAUAAUCAGUAAUGUUUAACAGUGUACAGAAGGUCAUGUACACUAAUACACACCAUGCAGGGGACAGACAUCAGGGUAAAGGUAACUGCUCUCACACGCCUUUGCUCCAUAACCAAAGCUUUCUAUCUCUGAGAGGGCGUGUCCUGAGGUUUAAAUAAAACCAAACUCCUCAGUUCAAGUUCAGUUCUUGAACCAACCAAAAUCUCUCCGUGGCACGAGAGUCCCAGAGGAUAAGGGUCGGCCGGCCCUCCACUAAGCUGUUCUGUCACGCCGAUAGAAUCGCUCCAACAAAUGCCACCUGCAACCAGCUGAUGCAAACUCCUUCAGAGUUAUUGAUUUUUUGAGACGCGACCAGUUUCAUCAGUCGUUGUGACCCGGAGACAUCUCAGGACCGAGUUGGUUGCACCAAGGUUCUUCUACCCACCUCGUGCUUGGGGGGUUCGUCAUCCCACCUGACAUCUCGGAUCCAGAAGAGGGUCUCCUAACUGGCCGUCUGACCCGGUUAACUCCCACCUGGGUGGAUUCCAGGCAGACCCUGACCUUCUCAGCAGUCGGAGACAAGGAUGACCUCCGAGCAGGACGUGAACCCGACGGUCCGUGGGAUCAGAACCCCGGUAAACCUGCAGGCUCUGGCUGAGCGAAUCACAGAGCAGAUCUCACAGGGCGAACAGAAACCUUUUGAGAGGGUUUAUGAUGUCAGCUCAGGUGAUCCCCACCGGGUCGGGAUGCCUCCCCUCACUUUCAUUCGCCAGGUCUUAGCUGCGUGUUUGUACCCAGACCUCCUGAAGGAUGACAGCUUGCCUGUGGACGUACGACAGAGGGCUCGGACGCUUCUGGAUGUCUGUGAAGGAGGCAGCGUAGGCUCGUACUCGCUCACCUACUCCGGGAUUCCACUCAUCCAGAAAACGAUUGCCGAGUUCAUCACCAGGAGAGACGGUGGCGUGGAGUCAAAACCGGAGAACAUCAUCUUCUCCAGCGGCUUAGAGAGGGCGCUGUCGCUGGUGUUGCACCUGCUGUCUGGUGGGGAGGGGCAGACUCGGACAGGUGUGCUGACCCCCGUGCCCUGCCCACACACGCUACCCAUGCAGCUGGAUGAGGCCCACUUAGAACAGGUGUCCUACCAGCUGCUGGAGGAGCAAGGCUGGGCGCUGGACCUGGCCGAGCUGCACCGAGCCCUGAGGACCACCAGGGGGCGCUGUGAGACCAGAGCUAUUUACAUCAGCAACCCAGGAAACCCCACGGGCCAUGUUCAGGACAGGAAAACCAUAGAAGAAGUGAUUCGAUUUGCUGCAUCCGAGAGCCUCGUUCUGCUGGUUGAAGAGGUGUUCCAGGACAGUGUUUUGGGUCAGGAGAAAAGGUUUGUCUCCUACAGGAAGGUUUUGCUUGAGAUGGGUGAGCCGUACUCCAAGAGGGUGGAGCUGGUGUCGUUGCACUCCCUGUGCACAGCCGGGAUGGGCGAGUGCGGUCUGAGAGGGGGCUACAUGGAGGUGAUCAACAUGGAUCCAGCUGUUAGGGAGUUUAUAAACAUUUUACCGUGUUCUGGCAGCCCUCCGAUUCUACCCCAGCUGGCUUUGGGUGUGAUGGCCAGUCCUCCGUCACCCGGAGACUCUUCAUAUGAGACCUUUAUGCAGGAGGUUCUUCACGUAGAGAGAACUCUUUCCCACAAUGCUCGGCGGGCGUGUGAGUUCCUGAACGGUUUACCCAGAAUGAGCUGCGUGCCAGCAGAGGCAGGAAUCUUUCUCUAUCCACGUCUGGAUUUACCACUUGGAAUAACGGAGCAGGCUCAGAUGUUGGGAGUGGAGCCAGAUGUUCUGUUCUGUCAGAGGUUUCUGGAGGAAGAAGGUGUCUGUGUGGGUCCAGGCUGUGAGAAUGGACAGGAUGACGACAACUUCCACAUCAGGAUUUGUGUUUUGGCGCCCCCUGCAGCCCUGGAGGAAGUCCUGACUCGGCUGCGUUCUUUCCACCUUCGCCUCCUGAGCAGCUGCUGCUGAUGGAGAGGACAUGACUAAAUCUCCGACAACAAUCAAACCUCCUAAACAAGUUUAUUAUAAAGAAAACUUCUGAUUUCAUUCUUACUCAGCAAGAUAAAAAAUGACUGGAUAAAAUGCAUUACUAGGAAGUUAUUCACGUGGAAACCCGUUAAAUAGAGGGAAACACGGUUUCUUUACUGCAUUUAAUCUACUGAUCACGCAGCCUCCCCUGAUCCUUCUGGUCAAGUCUCCUGACGGGUUUUCUGGGCACUGGGAAGGAUUUGAUAUCCUCUAUAGAGAUACCUUGGGAUCCAGCAGGAGGAGAUGGAGGCGGACACCCGGGUAUAACUCCUGGAUUUGUUACCUUCAUGCCUGGGAAAGGGAUGGAGAUAGGUAGAUGGAUUUAUGAUAACCUACGAUAGCAGAUCUCUUUGUAAUCAUUUCUAUAUUUUUCUUUUGAUUGUUCCUGAUUAGUUUAAAGAAUCAUUAAACCUAAAUUAUUGUCAGCUG